AUGCCAGGCCUAAACGUUUUGGCAACAGAUUUGGGCUCUUUUGUGGCUCCUUUCCUCCCUUCGCAGGUUCUGGGUCAUGCGGCACGGAAUCCCUUCAGCAUAACAUCGUUUCGUUUCCUCUAUUUCAGCCUGAACCUCAGUUUGGACUCCGACCCGACAGCCAGCGAGUUGGCCUACAGUCUAGCAACUAGAGCCAGCUACAGGUAUCCCCCGACCCCGGUACGCGCGCGUGUCUGCAUUGACCUCUGUCUGGGAGCCGGGCCGAUCAUAAAAAGCAGUUGCGGAGAGGCUGAAAGCGCUUCGAGAUUAAGUUUGCAACCACUCGAUUACCAGAUGACGGAAACCGACCCCAUACUGGUGAGGUUCUGA